AUGACGUCAUUUGAAAAGCCUUUUAGAAACACCUUCCUUGAUGCUGCUCUGCGAAAAAACACUUUUUUCCUCUCCCCAUAUCUUGGGGAAAGCAAUCCCACCAAGCACACUCCAGUACUCGCAUGGCAGAGAGACUGGCGAAAAAAAAAAAAAGUACCCGUUCUUAAAAAGACAAAUAAACUGGGACGUCGCUUCCUCUUGCCCGCUUCUCCAAAUCGUCACGGACGCGUCUCGCGCUAGGACCCGGGAGUCGCGGGGCCGGGUGCGGGGCGGUUCCUUCCAUUGACGGAGGCACUGCUGGCUGUCGUGACGUCACAUAGGCAGGGCCGAUUCCCUCGCUGCCGAGCGCUCCUGCUUAUUGUCGCCAGCCGCUCAGAAAGAGCAGCGGCAAAAAAGAAGCUGCACGGCGGAGGCGCGAGCUGCUGCAUCUGGGGAGGCGUCGCGGGCCGGGGGCCGGAAGAGGGGCGCGGGGCGGGGGGAAGGAGGAAGGUCGGUCGCCGGCGGCGCUGCUCCCUCAGGCACCCGCAGGAAGAGGAAGAGAUGCGCGGGUUUCGGUGCGAGGGGCCCUCGGCGGCGUAACUGUUCCUGAUAGGGCGAGGUGAGAUGGAGGCUGCGAGAGGUCACGUCCCAGAGCACUUUCUGGCUGUUGGGGAGCUCGCGCAGAGCUCCUUUUUGCUUUUUGAGGCGGGGGCGGGGAGUGUUUGGGAGAGUUGCUAGGAUGAGUAUGAGGGAAGUCGAGGGUGGAACGGUUGCUUUGUGCUAGAGCAGGAGGCUGCCAUUCAAAAGGCAGGCAUCAGUCACUUCGGGAUAAGCGAAUUAUGUCUCUCUCCAAAAAGUUCCCCUUCCUUUCCCGAACUGUUAUAAGGCUCUUCCUGUGAAGGCUGCGGCCAAUUCCCCCAAACCCUGCCUGUCCUCUGGAGGCUGAGAUGGCUCAGCUGUGCGGGAGUCUCGGUCAUUUAGUUUCCCAGCAGUUCACAGUUGAUCAUGUAGGCUCAGUAGGAUGCGUUUAUGGGAAGUCUGCAAAGUUUCCUCAAAAAUAGAAUGUAGAAGAGCUGCCCCAGCCAUUCCUGUGCACUUUAGUCAAGCCAUACUCGGUAGCACUUGACAUGUCUUUUUCAUUUCCUUCAUCUGGUUUCUCUUUUUACUAUAACAUCUUGGGAUUCUCUUUUCUCUAUCUCUUUUUGGGUUUUUUGUUAGAGCCAUCACUUCCCUUUCCUUUCUCUAUGGUCUUUACACCAAACAAGCAGUUAGUGGGGUAAUCAGAUUUCAAAGAGAUAUAUUUCACUGAUUAAUUGGUUAGAUAAUUGAUUCCAUGCGACUUUUCAGAAAGUGCUCCCAGUUGAUUGGGCAGCAGAUUUUAAUUGAUUUAAAAUAAAAAAUUCAACUAGUUAUAAAAGUGCAGCUGGCAAGUGUUGUCUUCUAACAGAAAUACCCUCUUCUCUCACACACAUUUAAUUAGGUGUCAUCUCUAAACCUCAUUCAUGUGCUCCUUCAUCCCUAUGUUGUCAUGUAGAUGUUGGUCUGAAUCACAUAACUAUCUAUUCCUGGUGAGAUUUGUUCCAAUUGAGCUGAUUUUACUCUUGGUUCAAUGGUGCAGGUCACAUAAUUUAUGGCAAAAAUCCAGUGAAAUGACCUGACAAGCAUUCUCUCACAACCUGAAAAUGUAUUGAGCCAUUCACAAGAUGCUUUCCACAUAGGUUGUGUCAUGUUAUCUUCAGUUGGGGUGGGGAAAACAUGUGCAGAUGUGUCUUUGGUAAUGCCAAAAGAGAUGGAACUUGAAGGCACAGUCAUUCUUAACCAGAGAGAAGCAACUCAUUGAAGAACUCUCUGCUUUGAGUAUGGUUUCUGCAGUACAGUGGUACCUCGGGUUACAGACGCUUCAGGUUACAGACUCCGCUAACCCAUAAAUAGUACCUCGGGUUAAGAACUUUGCUUCAGGAUGAGAACAGAAAUUGCGCAGUGGCGGCAGCGGGAGGCCCCUUAGCUAAAGUACCUCAGGUUAAGAACAGUUUCAGGUUAAGAACGGACCUCCAGAAUGAAUUAAGUUCUUAACCCAAGGUACCACUGUAGUUAUCUUAAACGGUUAUCCUAGCCCCUGAAAGUGGCUACGUGUUAUUCCUGUAAAUAAUAAUGGAGUAUGCCAAGUAACUUGCACAGUCAUCUUGCCUGCUGUAUUGUUGUUACUUUGCUACAUUUUGAGAGAGACUAAUGUGUUGAAACAAGUACCAUAAUGAAUGAGCGGUCUUUAUUUUCUGAAAAGCCUAUAGUGACUGUGUGUGCAUCUUUAUAUACGUUCUUUCUGAGAGGAUUUUAUUUCUAGGGAUGCUAGACUUCCACAGUCUUGGCACUCAACCAAUCCAUUGUUGAACAUGGUAGAAAAGGCACUGGUUGAGACUGGAUUCAAGAAGAGUGACUUUCUGUGGUGCUUUGUGAUUUGCCCAACUUGCUGUAACAGGAGAUCAUUUUCUACACAAGUACAAGUUUGAGAUUUUAUCUUUGAUUUUUGUUUGUUUGCUUGUUUGUUUGUUAGGGCUGCCUAA